AUGGGGGCGCAAACCAAGGACGCGCCCUCUUUUCGGCAAGGAGCUGCAGAGGAAGAGCUGCAGAAAAGCAAGCGUCUGAGCAAGUCACCGCUGAGGUGGUCCAGCUCUGUGGACUAUCAUUUUUACUGCAAGUCUAAGACGAGGAUGAAGACUAUUCCAGCCCUGCUGGUUUUGCUGAUGCCGUUGUGCACUGCUCUGAGACAGGGUAGACCGCAGAGCCCAGAAUGGGACUUGAGGGCUGAAACAGCAGAGAAGGUCAACACCAGAGGAUGCGCCAACCUCACCUUGGUUUUGGACAACUGGAAGUACGCUAUUAUGACCCAGGUUAAAGACCUGCUCCUGCACGACCACGGCACUGUGCUGCCUGACUACGGUCGGAUCCAGCCACUGUCAGAUGCCCUGGGUGACCUCUACAAGGAGUUCAACGUGCUGAAGGAGCGGCUUGGUGAAUUGACAAGCAAGUUCGAGGGCGUGGAGGCCUUCGUGGAUGACGUGGGAGCAGGAAGACCCCCCUCACUGCCCAGAGCUGAACCACGACCACCGGGGCUCCUGGCCGGGGAAGAGAACGCCACACCGACAGAGGAGGGAGGCAGAUCUCAAGGAAGGAGAAACAGGAUCGUGGUUCGACGAGUCAAGAAACCUGCUGGCUCCUGAGCUCAGUGUGUGAAUAAGCUCAUCUCGCAUGAAACCCCCCCCCCCCACAAAACUAAAAAAAAAACCAGAAGCACAAUCUUGAUUAUUUCAUCAGCCUAUUUCUAAAUGUUUAACGGUGAACAUAUUCACAGUUCAUCCUUUUUGGUCAUUGCAGGGUGGCGGAGGGGCUGCAUCCUGCAUCCUGCAGUAUGCAUGCAUACUUGUAUGGGUUGUAAAUAUCUGCAUCAUGGUGAUUCUAUUCUAUGUCACUUGAGAUAAGCUUUCAACAGAUGUCUAUCAUAAGGUGUGGCACACCCAUGUCUAAAAAGAGGCUAUUUGAUUUGUAAUGAGUAAUAUGAGUGAAAAAUACUUCGGUACAUCACUAUGGGAUCUGGCUUUAAAUGGGUCGUGAGGAAUGGGAAACAAACAAAUGUAAAUAAGCAUUUGUCGGACUUUUCUGUUUCCAGGUUGUACCGUAGCUAUAUAGCUUCCCCUGUGUAAUGGUGGUUAAUCUACAUGUCUAUGAACUGACACGAAAAUCGACCUGCACACUGCCUCUCCGGCACUGUCGUCAACCAAACCGCUUUGUCCCCUUUUCUGUUACCUUUGCCUUCCUUUGUGUGUGCCCUCUCUUUUAGCACAUUGCAUUUUAAUGUUCAAAAUGUGCUUUAUAA